CGCGGCCCGUCCCCCAGGGCUGGGGCUGCGGCCGCUCCGCGCGGAGCCGCCACGGGGCCGGGCAGAGCGGCGGCCGCCAUGUUGUGCGGGGCCCCCUCGGCGACGCGGGCGGCCACCAGCGAGACGCAGCAAAUCGCGGACGAGGUGAAGCCUCAGCUAGAAGAAAAAGAAGGGAAAACCUUUGAUGUUUUCACUGCAGUGGAGUUUAAAACCCAGGUGGUUGCUGGAACAAAUUACUUCAUCAAGGUCCAUGUUGGCAAUGAUGAGUUUGUGCACCUGCGGGUAUUCAAAAGCCUUCCUCAUGAGAAUAAGCCACUGAGCCUUCACAGUUACCAGAGCAGCAAGACUAAGCAUGAUGAACUGACGUAUUUCUAGCAAGCUUAUCUUGUGCAUUUUCCUAAUGGCCACUUAUAUGCAUUUUCUGUAGGCUGCAAAAUGUUGACUCUUGUGCAAGUGGGAACAAUAAUACGUCUCUUUGUAAACUUAGUUCUGGAAAGGCUGUUUCUUGUAUGCAUUUUCCCUGGUGUGCAGUAUCUAAAUGAGGAACGUAGCUCUCCUUUCACUUACACUAAUGCAAACCUGAAGAAGCUGCACUGACUUCAGUGCAACUUGACUAAAAUACUGUGCUUGAGUUAAGUCUGUAAACUUCCCUGGUCUGUACAUUGCAAGAGGCAUCUCAUUGUCAUUCAUGUAUCUACAGCAAGGAGCAAGAGGAAAACUUGGCUUCUCUGUGGUAUUUUGGAACAGUGAAUAUGUGUGUAGAUUUAAAUUGUAUCAUGUGUUGUAUUGGCAAGGACCUAAGGACAGACUUGAGCAUAAGCAAAUUUUGAAAGCAUAAAAAAGAGAAGGAUUGUAGUCUUGAAACAAAUAUUCCCUUGGUUAUCAUGUUUAUUUUGUGGCAAGAGUAGGAUAUGAUGUCCAAUAGAGGGUGUAUGUGUUGAAAAAAAUUUGUUUAUUUUUUGAUUCCUAAGGAAAAGUCCUGGAAAAAGAUUUAAACUAGGCAAAGCAUUUGCCUAAAUACUAAUAAACAGUUCUCUUGAGUUUA